UUGCACAAAGAGUCGUGUUUUUUGAUUGGUUACCUUGCUGGACAUUUAAUUUUAAACUAUUCGAAAUUAGGUUUCAAAACACAAGUUCGACUUCUGACUCUGUUCCUUUGCAAAAUAUGUCUACCCAAAACAUAGAUCCAGCUGCCAGCGGAGCAAGGAACAAAGAUAUGUCAGAUAAAGGGAAUAAGCCAAAAGACACGCAUUCUGUUAGUAAAAGAUUGCAGCAAGAGCUGAUGUCGCUUAUGAUGUCUGGUGAGACUGGAGUAUCUGCCUUUCCUGAUGGUGAUAAUCUGUUCAAAUGGGUUGGAACUCUACAGGGAGCAGAGGGGACUGUGUAUGAAGGUCUGAAGUACAAGUUAACACUGGACUUUCCAAGCUCCUACCCCUACACUGCUCCAGUGGUGAAGUUUGACACACCCAUCUUUCAUCCCAAUGUGGACACCAACGGCAACAUUUGUCUGGAUAUCUUGAAGGAGGAGUGGUCAGCUCUCUACACCGUGAAGACAAUAUUGAUUUCAAUUCGCAGUUUGCUCGGAGAGCCAAAUAACAAUAGUCCACUGAACACACAUGCUGCUGAACUGUGGGAAAACCAAGUGGCAUACAAAAAGCUUCUCCUUGAAAAAUACAAGAAGGACGUAACAGACAAAGAGUCAUCUUGAGUUAAAGACUAUUUAUUUGUCACAGGAGGACAACAUAACUGCAAGGAUAGUAAUAUACAACAAAUGUAUUUUUAUACACAAUAUAGUGUCUUGGACAUUUUUCUUUUCUUUAUGAAGCCCUUAGGUGUGCUACUUUUGCCAAAGGAACAAUGAUAUGAUAUGGAAAUGAAAGUGCAAUUGAUGUCAUAAAAGGGGGAUGAUAAACACUUUUAAGUUAAAAUAGUUAAAACUAUGUUCAUAAGUGGCAGAAGUUCAACUUGGUAAAAUGGCAGGGGGGUAAAUUAUUUGUUUGAAAAUGAAAAUGAAUUAACAUAAUAACUAAUUGAUAAAAAAAAAAGAGACAGCCUUCGGUGAACAAAGUUUAGUAGAGAGCAGGGUAAAACUGGUGUUGACACUACAGUAAUAUACACCCAGAAUACUAAAUAUUUAUUGUGUAGAUUUUGUGUGCAUUAAUAAUAUAAAGAUGUGCUCAAACAAGUGUUCUAUCAAAAAGGAAGAGGGGGGGGG